GGCGCCGUGUGACGUCAGGCGGCCCCGGAAGGGCGCGGGCCGGGAGCUGCCGCCGCCGCCGCCGCCGGGUCCCGUCCGGCCCCGUCCGGUCCCUCCUUAGACCCAGCCCCGCUCCCCGCCGCCAUGACGCUCGCCGUGUUCUUUGGCUGUACCUUCAUCGCCUUCGGGCCCGCCUUCAGCCUCUUCCUCUUCACCAUCGCCCGCGACCCCCUCCGCAUCAUCAUCCUCAUCGCGGGGGCAUUCUUCUGGCUGGUCUCACUGCUGCUCUCCUCCCUCAUCUGGUUCAUUGCUGUGAAGGUUAGCGACCCACGUGAUGAGCCACUGCAGAAGGGGCUCCUGAUCUUCGGGGUGAUGUUCUCUGUGCUGCUGCAGGAGGCGUUUCGCUUCCUCUACUACAAGCUCCUCAGGAAGGCCAUCGAGGGGCUGGUGGCCCUCAGUGAGGACGGCUGCUCCCCCAUUUCCAUCCAGCAAAUGGCAUAUGUGGCUGGUGUGGGCUUUGGGCUCAUGAGUGGCGCUUUCUCCAUGAUCAACCUCCUGGCAGACGCUCUGGGACCUGGCACCGUGGGCAUCCAUGGGGACUCUCAGCUCUAUUUCCUGACCUCAGCCUUCAUGACCAUGGUGCUGAUCUUCCUGCACACCUUCUGGGGCAUCCUCUUUUUCCACGGCUGUGAGAACCGACACUGGUGGGAGAUCCUGGCUGUCGUUGUCAUGCACCUGGCAGUUUCAGGAUCGACAUUUUUCAACCCGCUGUACGUAGGCAGCCUGGUGCCCUCCUACGUGCUGAUGGCCAUUGCUGCUGUCUGGGCUUACAUGUUGUCGGGGGGCUCUCUCCAGAACCUGCGCCGCUUCCUGCUCUGUGCACAGAGUGGAGCCAGCCCCCAGCCAGCAUCCUGAGGCCCUGCAGAUGUUUCCAUCCCCAGCUGCCCCUGCCCUCCCCUGUCAGCGGCAAGGUGGGCCGUUGCCUUUUCUGCAAUACAUUUUCUCCUGGAAUGGGGGACCCUGGCCAGCCCCAGCAGGGACAGACGCUGCCAUCUGGCUGCAGCAGCGGCGCUGUGACCGGCUUGCCCAUCUGCCCCUCUGGGGACAGCUCAGUCUGAGGGACUCAGCUCUGGCCCUGAGCUAUUACCUGGAAAGGGUACUUCCUUGGACUGCCGGAGACCUGAGCUCAAGAAGCCCCCUCACUUCUCCCCCUGGUACAGAAGAUACCCUGCAUUCCCCUGUGCCUACAGGGGACUCCAUGUCUCCUCCUCUCCUGGGAAGUGUUUUUGUGAGGUGCUGUUGGGGCCAGGACUGAAUGCUGUGGUGCUACUUUCUCCGUCUUGACUCACUGCACUGGGAGAUGCAGCCCCAGCACUGGACUGUAAUGAGCGUCCCAGGGUGGGUGGGUGGGUGGGAGCUAGCAUGGCAAGGUGAGGGGAUUAUGAGGAGGAACAGGGGCAGAUGGCAUCCACCAUCGUUGGUGGACAUGUAGCCAAGGGCUUGGGGUGAGCGGUGACUGCAGCUGGUGCUGGCACCGCCUGGGGAGGGGGGCUUGGGGCUGUUCAGGGGAUCACCGCCCUCUCCCUGAGUCAAAAGGGGAUUUUAAGGCAGGUACCUCCCUGUUAACCUGCUACAGGACAGGGAGGGCUGCCAAUGGGCUCAGGGCUGAGAGGCGGUUUUGUCCACAGUGGGCUUUUGUACCAAUAAAACAAGCACCAGAGGUGAGCAGAA